GUAAAAGGUAAAUAAAGGGAGAAACAUCCGAAGUAUUUGGCACGGCAUCGAGUCAAAACAAAGGAAAAGUGAAUCGAAAUCCAUGAAUUUGCGAUUAUCAAGUUGAAAUGCAUCAGUUACCCUGAUUCUGGCAAGCAUAUUGAAUAUAAUUUCACCCCGGAAGGCAAGCGGAAAGCAUGGUGGUGGAGGUAGAACCGGACCUUCCUCACAGUCACUGCGAUAGCUGCUACAACCGUGACUGCCAGGUCUCCCCGCAGCCCGGCAAUGCUUGUUCUCUCAUCAACUGUGAGGUCGAUUGUGGCGCAAGGUUCCAUCGAUGCAAGGAGGAAGAACAUCGUCUACUCUGCCCGUACACGAAGACUGAAUGUGUGAAUGCUAUUUAUGGCUGCCCAGUGGAGAUACAAAGACGUCAUAUAUGUCGCCAUCUGGAGGUGUGUCCAGCUAGUGUGGUUAAUUGUACUAUGGAAUGGAAUAGGUGGCCUGUUUACGCAAGCGAAAGACAGCCUCAACAACCGCUACAGGUAGUACCAGAUAACUACAAUCAGCUGGACAUAGCUCUGGCCCUUCGGGAUCAACGCAUGCUGACAAAGUCUAUGAAGGCAUCAAAACGGACCCGUCAGAUUCUUACCAACGCUCUCAAUCGUCGUCAUCCUGCCGUGCCAUUGUCGGCUCAGCUCACGAACGAUGUUCCCGAUUCGGAAGAGGAGCAGAGGGAGCUUGUCAAUUUACUUCAGGUUAUGCAGGAUGAGAAGGAAGCAGCCGAUCGCCAGAGAGCUCGUACUCCGCCCGGUCUGCAACGCAGCAUAUGCAAUGAGCUCUACCGAAAAAAUCACGAAAGCAAUGGCACCGUCGCUGAACCAACCUUCCAGGAGCAAUUGCCUGUCCCCAAAGACCCCUUCAUCCAUUGCUCCCACUGCGCCCGGCGCAGGGAACGACUUGACCGUGUCAUUGCUUCCAAAGCGGCCAUCCAUGAUCCGUACAAUUAUGAUUUGGAUGAAGAAGAUGAUCCCUCGGUGGGCGAUUACGCUAUGACACCCCUACCUGAGCACCAGAAUGGAUUCAUCCAAGAGGGGGAUGGGUGCCCCAAUGGACUGGACCAUCGUGAAGGGAGGGAGGAUGGGGUAUUUCAUGAGGGACCACCUGAGGCGGACAGAUCGCUGAACUCCACAUUCUCCAGCGAAGAAUCGGAGGUCCAGACGCCAGCUGUCUUCGUCACCCAGUCCACCACCGGUGACGUCUCCGCAGCACCAACUAGAGGCCAUUCAAAGCCAAUCAUCAUCCAGCCGCCAGCUCUGUCAUCAUCAACAAACAAGAUUCACAGGUUGUCUUCGUCGUCAAACGGGUCGCUAGAUAGUAAACAGUCAUUGAGUCUUGAUCUCUCAUUGGAGUCUAUUACUCGUUACCAGGCCAAACCAGAUUCCAUGUACACUUUCUUGUGUGCACAGGAAUUCCGUCGGGAUGAGUAUCCUUACCACUUCCAGAAUGUCCACAGUGAUAUCCACGGCGGGCUGAACGGUUGGAUGGAGCAACGGUGUCCGCUAGCCCCCUAUGGCUGCACUUACUCACAACGGCGGCUCUACCCAGGAACUCAAGGAGCUCACAUCAUCCACAGCGAGAAUCUAGAGAGCUUUGGUCUGUGCCUUGAAGAAUCCCAGCGUGAGAAAACAGAGGUCUCAGGAAGUUGCGCCGAUACCAGCCUAUCUGGAAAUCCUGAUGGCCGGACUGGUGACGGAGAUGCCCAGGAGGGUGAGGAUCAAGGAGAACACUACAAAUAUCCUAAGCUUGAUGCAGAGGUAACUUCAAAAUCAUCAGGAUGUAAAGAUAUGGGUUCUGAACAUGGUGAUGAUGAAAGGACAAACUGUGAUGUUCAUGUAACUGAUAGCAAUAAUGAUAGUCUUCACAAAAACAGUACAGAAUCAAAGUGCAAUGCCUUCCAAGAUGGGAUCAAUGACAAACCAAAGGACGUUUCAAUGGACAGUGAGUUCUGCAUUGACCGAGGAUCGAGUGAAGAGUACGUCUCUGAAAUAUCAAGUAUGGACCAAAGCGGGGAUACAGAUAGAGAAGCUUCCAAAGAGUUCAAGGGUAGGCAACGGGAGAAGAGCAGUACUGAGGAUUCCCCAAAGGAAGCAUUAGAGGUCGAUAUGACGUCUGGCGGUAAGGUUGAUUAUACAGAAGCAGUGUCAAAGGACAUUGGAACUGACUAUCUCAGCCAACUGCCGUUUGAACUGCUGCGAUACUUGUUACGGUUCUUGGACUGUUUUACGAUCAACCACCUUGCAAUGGCUUCGAAGCUCUUGAGACAGGUCUGCUGUAGUCUUCUUGAGGAACGUGGGAUGGUGGUCCUGCAAUGGGAGAAGCAUAAAGGACACUGGGACACAACCAUGAAGGUGUGGCACUUUAGCACGGCCUUCACUCCGGUUAAGUCCUGGGGCUUCCAAGACAACCCUCCCAUUGCCGAGCACCUCAAACGAUGUCCUUACAAUGUCCGCAACACAGCCACUCAACCAGUCAGGGUCAUGGGUCAUGAUGUGCCAAAGAUCAAGCUUGAAUCUGCCAACGAUCCCCAGAGACAGAGGGAAGCCGAGUCUGUCCAGGCCUGGCGACCUCGACGCAGGAGGCUCCUGGAUCAAGAUGACGAUUGGUAAUACUUGUUAUUGGUCUUCUGUGUCUUGGGUCAAGCUUGCAUUGUCAUUGACCUUAAGAGAGAGUGGGAGGAGUAAGUUGGUCAGGCCUGGCGACGUCGACACAGGAGGCUUCUGGAUCCUGAUGAUGAUUGGUUAUGUUUGUGGUUUUCUGUUUCAUGGGUGAAGGUCGCAAUGGCCAAUCACCCUGAGAGAGAAGCUGUGUCAUUCAAGGCCUGGCAACCUUGGUACAGAGGACGCUUCAUUGUGAUGAUACUUGUGAUUUAUCUUCUGUUUCAUGGGGCAAACUUGCCUUGGUUGAUGACCCUGAGAGAGUGAAAGGUACUGAAAUGAUCAAAGCACAGCAAUCUAUUUUCAAUAGGCUGAUCAUUAAGAUGAUUAAUAAUACUUUUGAUUAGCCUUCUGUCCAUGGAUCAAGUUUACAUUGUCCAAUGACCCUGAGAGUGAGAGAAAGAGAGAAGCCGAGUUGAUCGAGGCCCAGCAAUCUAUGUACAAAAGGCAGAUCAUAAGGAUGAUUAGUAAUAGUUCUGACUGACCUCCUGUCUCAUGGGUGUAGCUUAUAUUGGCCAAUGACCCUGAGAAAGGGAGAGGCGCCAUGUUGGUCAAGGAAUGGCGACCUAUUGAUUGGUCAAUGAUCUCUCAUUCAACCAUAAUAGUAGGUAAUGUUCUCAGUGUUAUUCUUGUCAACUCAUCUUCUCUCUGUAUUAGGGCGCAAUAGUAGGUGAUGGUAAUGUUCUUACAACUUCAAUUAGGCAACUCUUAUCUCAAAUUAUAAUAUCACUGUACUACUCUUCAUGUAGUCUUGUUCAAAUUUUCAACAAUAAUAGUGGUUAUUUUAAUGAUGUAAAUGUAUAGACAACAGAGGUAUUGUAAUGGAUCAUGAAAAUUAAUCAUGAUCAUUUUAUCAAAUUGGCAACUCCUUUCUGAAAUUGAAUUGUGUUAUUGAUAAUACUCCUCAUUUGUAUGCACACUUUAGAAAUCGGCAGUGCUAAGAGUGACUUGUGUACAUGUUUUUCAUACAUUUGAUAAGCAGAGAUGCACACCAUAAAAGAUCACUUUAAUGAAUCAUUAUCAUUUUUAUUAAAUUGGCAACUCCUACAGUAUGUCAAAUUUAAUUGUGAUCUUUGUAAUACUCCUAAUAUACAUGCCUUGCUUUAAGUUGGCAACGCUAGAUAGGAAUAUGUGAGAUAUAGAAACACAGGUGCAGGACACCAAAUUCUAAAAUAAAAAAAAAUAAAUGUACAUUGUUGUUGAUUGUAGCAGUGAAGCAAAUAUGGAUUAACUGCCAAUUUGAAGAAUGAGAAAUGAUAAAAAAGGAUUUAAAUGAUGAAUUAUUCAAAUUUAUCGACAUUAUUUUACAUUUGAAUACUGUGGCUGACCUUGUCAUAAUAUCCUUUUUUUUCCUUUUUUUUUGGUUAUUAUGAGCACAGAAAAAUGACAAUGCCAUGUCAAGUAUUAUAUCUGUGAUUUUACUUUGCAAUGAUACAUGGAUUUUUCAUCUGAAGUUAACAUGUUUAUGGGAGUGGGUGAUGUUUCCCCAUUGUCAACAACUCUUCCACCUGUAGGGGUCCAUAACACAAAGCAUAGCUUUCCUCGUAGAACAUUUUUUUAAUGAUUGAUUGCAUACAUGUAUGUGUAAUUAUUCAAGAUAAUCAAGCAUACAAUGAAUCGCUAACCUUGUUAUGGGGCGCUGGUUAACUCUUCAUGCGUUCACCUGUAAACCCCCUGUGUGUUGCAUUGUUUUAGGGUCUCAUUCACAUUCGUGCCAUG